GGGAGCGACGACGGGGCAGACGUUCCGCCGGCCGACGCGCGAACCCGGUCAGUUGGGUUAGGUUAGGCGAGAAAACCAGUUGGCGCGGCGCUCGCACCACAAUCGGUUUAAACGCACUAAAUAUAGUGUUUUAUUAUAUUAUAUACCAUAUUGUAUUGUAUUCUUGUAAAUUAUUACGGUCGGUCGUCGCCACCACUGCCGUCGUCGUCGGAAUCCGACGCCGUCGCCGCCGCCGCUGACAGAACCUCGCCGCGGGCUAGAGACACACACCACCGUGACCCCGCGGACCGGACGGGAUUUCCAUACACCCUCGACCGGCGUCGCGAGUGAGAGAGACGGAGAGAAAAAACGAAAAUAACAAACACGGCGUGUGAGGAGCACCUGUUUUGACGAUAGAUCGUUCUUAACGGGUCCCUGGCAACGUUCUUUACCCCCCACCCCUCCCCUCGAAAAUCCCAUCGUCGUCGUCGUUUGCGAAACUCUGACAGCCCGUAAAACCGUGCGUGUAUUGCUUCACGUCCGCUCGCCGCCGUCAUCGGCUCGCCGAUCGAGCGACAUAAAUCACGAGAGCACCGUAGGUGUCCGCGUACCGACCGUAAAGCGUAACAACGAUAAUAACAAUAAUAAUUAUUAUUAUUAUUCAAUCGUUCUUACCGCGGUAACAGUAAUAGUGUUGUAAACCGCUUGCGCGAUCGCCAGCGACGCCGCCGCCGCAUGGCUCGUCUACCGGCCGUGGGGUGGUAUUUGCUGCCGCUGUGUGCCACGGCCGUGGUCGUGUGCACGCUCAAGCACAAGCAGCAGCAGCAGCAGCAACAGCAUCAGCAACAGACGAAAAAAGACGACCUAUCCCUGUGGAUUGACGAGCAACAAGUGAAAAUGUACAGUGGUCUAAAAAUGCCAAUAUAUGCAAUUAUGGAAGGUAAAGUUACUCCGUAUAUUUUGGACAAAAAUUUUGAACAGUAUUUACCAGUUAUUCCAUCUGAGGUGGGUUAUGUGAACUUCACAUGGAUGUCUGGAAAUAAGAAUUAUUUUUACAUGUUCGACACUCUAGAUUCAGAUGACAAAAACAUACUGGAACCACCUACAGUUACUGUGAAAACCGAUGGUAAAAUACCCAAGAGACCUAAAGUAUUUAGUAUAUUGUUGCCUUGUUCUGGAAAUAGAUCAGGCAUUGCUAGUUUCAACAUACGGUUAGUAAUCAGAAACAGAAAAGGUCGUGCUUUACCAGAUACACCAUUAAAAGUGAAACUCAAAAAAGAGUGUAUGGUUAGAGGUACAAGUAAAAGUACAAGUCUAGACUUAGUAUGUGAUAAAAAAUGUGAGAAUAAUGGUUGGUGCAAUGCAGAUAAAAUAUGUCAGUGUCCUGAAGGAUAUAUGGGGCAGUACUGCAAAACAGCAUUGUGCUAUCCACAGUGUAUGAAUAAUGGAACAUGUGUUGCGCCAGGUGUCUGUAAAUGUCCACUAGGUUUUCAAGGACCACAUUGUGAAGGAGGUAUUUGUGCAGAAAAGUGUUUAAACGGUGGGAAAUGUAUACAAAAAGACACAUGUCAAUGUCCUAAGGGAUUUUAUGGCUUACGAUGUGAAUAUUCUAAAUGCAUUAUACCAUGUUUAAAUGGUGGAAAAUGCAAAGGGGUGAACAAAUGUAGAUGUAUAUUUGGAUUUCAAGGAGAUCAUUGUGAAAUUGGUCAACCGAUAAAACAAUAUUAUCAUUGUAAACGGCCUUGUCGUCAUGGAUAUUGCACUGCAAAUAGAACUUGUCGAUGUCAACAAGGAUGGUUUGGAAAAUUUUGCCAGAGAAAAAUACUUAAGCCAAAGCACGCUAAUCAUAGGUCAGAAUAUCCGCAUUCUUGUGAAGAUGAUGAUGAUGAUAUGGAUGAUUAUGAUGAAGUACCCAAAAGUCAUCAUAGAUGGCAUUGACUGUUCUCAAUUAGUAUGCAAUUUAAGUGUUAAAAAAUGUAUAAAUAAAUGAUCUGUGAUUUGUAAAAUAUGUUUGAAAUAUAAAUUUAUUCAAAUGUAUGUUCUUGGGUUAAUGACAACUAACCAAUUAAAUAAGUUACUAAAAUUGUUCAAUAACAUAACCAAAAAUAAAAAUCUAAAACAA